GGCGAGUAAUGCUGAAUUGUUGAGCUAAUAUGUACUGACCUAUCCUUUCCCACAAUCUGUUUUAAGACUUUGCAGAUCAAGGACGUCUCUCUGCUUCUCAAGAUAACAAUGAGGGAGUGCAUCUCUGUACACAUUGGCCAGGCUGGCGUCCAGAUGGGGAACUCCUGCUGGGAGCUGUACUGUUUGGAACAUGGAAUCCAGCCUGACGGGAUGAUAGCUCCUGGCAGUUCUGCCAUGUCAGAUUCCUCUUUUGGUACUUUCUUCAGUGAUACUGGAGCUGGGAAGUAUGUUCCACGAGCUGUAUUCAUAGACCUGGAGCCAGCAGUUGUAGAUGAGAUCCGUAAUGGGCAUUAUCGACAGCUUUACCAUCCAGAGCAGCUCAUCAGUGGCAAAGAGGAUGCUGCCAACAACUACGCCCGUGGUCACUACACCAUCGGCAAAGAGAUUGUGGACUCUGUGCUUGAUAGAAUGCGAAAAAUGGCUGACCAGUGUACAGGUCUGCAGGGAUUCCUGAUAUUCCACAGUUUCGGAGGAGGAACCGGCUCAGGCUUUACUUCUUUGUUGAUGGAGCGCCUGUCUGUGGAUUAUGGCAAGAAGUCCAAGCUGGAGUUCUCUGUCUACCCUGCUCCCCAGGUUUCCACUGCAGUGGUCGAGCCCUACAACUCUAUCCUGACCACUCACACCACUCUGGAGCACUCAGACUGCUCCUUCAUGGUGGACAAUGAGGCCAUUUUUGACCUUUGCAAGCGCAACCUCGACAUUGAGCGUCCCUCGUACAAUAACCUCAACAGACUCAUUGCACAGAUCGUGUCCUCCAUCACUGCUUCCUUGCGAUUUGAUGGUGCUCUCAAUGUGGAUCUUACUGAGUUCCAGACCAACCUGGUUCCGUAUCCUCGCAUCCAUUUCCCCUUGGUCACGUACUCCCCAAUUAUCUCUGCUGAAAAAGCCUACCAUGAGCAGCUGUCUGUAUCAGAGAUCACCAACUCCUGUUUUGAGCCAACCAACCAGAUGGUGAAGUGUGACCCACGGCACGGCAAAUACAUGGCUUGCUGCUUGCUGUAUCGUGGGGACGUGGUGCCCAAAGAUGUCAAUGCCGCCAUCGCCAGCAUCAAGACCCGACGUUCCAUCCAGUUUGUAGACUGGUGUCCCACUGGUUUCAAGGUGGGCAUCAACUACCAGCCCCCCACUGUGGUCCCUGGUGGCGAUUUAGCCAAGGUGCAGAGGGCCGUGUGCAUGCUGAGCAACACCACGGCCAUUGCAGAAGCCUGGAGCCGCCUGGAUCACAAGUUUGACCUGAUGUAUGCCAAGCGGGCGUUUGUCCACUGGUACGUGGGGGAAGGAAUGGAAGAGGGGGAGUUUUCAGAGGCCAGAGAAGACAUGGCAGCAUUGGAGAAAGAUUACGAGGAGGUUGGAGCAGACUCUGCUGAAAAUUGUGAUGACGAAGAGGAAGAUGAGUACUAGAAUUGUAUUCUUGUUGAAGUUUAUUGUGCGUUGUUGAAGUAAAAUAAAUUUUUGCAGCAAAUAUGAAA